CUUUGAGGCCUUCGGGACCACCCCACCCCCGGCAUGUCUAUUUCAGCGAUGAUAGUGGAGGACCUAGGCGGUCCGGGAAGGGAUCUGAGAGACGUCACCAGAGAGAUGCUAGUGGAGCAUUUCGGAAAAUCAUGGGGAUCACAGGACGCUGGCCUAUGGAAGCUCCUCACGGGCGAAAUAUCCUCUGACGUUUCCAUAUUCUGCAGGGGUUAUGAAUGUAAGGCGCAUCGUGUUAUUCUGUGCGAUGAGAUGCCUCUCGUGCACGCGAGAGCAUAUAGAUAUGAUCCUCGGACACCGACGCCAAUCCUCGAUUUUCAUACGCAGACGGUAGAGCUCACGCCGCAAGGUCUUCACAAGGUCACAUCUGUCGAUAUACGUAAUUACGAUCCUGUCACAGUUGACCGUUACGUUGAGUUAUUGUACUCGUACCGCUACCAUCCGUAUGAUCCCACGGCGGUCCUUUUGUCCUGGCCCCCAAUGGUUCGCCAACCAUCAACCGCAGGCCAUCGGUACUGCCACACCUCCAAACUUCUCCACAUCCAGCUUGCCCACAUAGCGCUCGACUACGGUCCAGUUCAGCUCAACGAAGUCGCUCGGAACAAGCUUGCCAAAGCUUUCCAUCACCAGUUCGAAGCUGAUAAAUUCCAUGAGCUCGUUAAUGAAGUGGCUCGAUACCGGAAGCCGCAGCAAGAGCUAGUCUGCCUCCUUGUGCAGGAAGCAUAUGUUCAUAUGAACGAGUUAGUCAUGGCUGAAGAGAUCGACCUCCUCCACCCGCAAUUUAUCGCUGCACUACUGAAGCUGGUGGUGAAAAAUCAGGGAAAGCCUCUCCCUCGAAAGCGAAAGCAUCUCACGCUGCCUCGGGACAUGCUGGAUUAGUAGCGUGAAAGAGAUCGUAUGAAAUGCAAGAACACUGAGCGGGGACGACUUGCAGCAACAGUUGGCAUGCGAUUGGAUUCAGUGAGGUCGAGCGAAGUAGAGGGCGAGAUCAUCAUACGAUUGGAGUUGAUGGACAGGCUGGACAUUGGUCAAAAGCGAACUUGGGACUGGAUGAGAUAUAGAAGGUGUUGUGGGCUUUGUUGCAUUUCGGAGGUCGUCAUCCAUUCUCGGAGGCUAAGUAGCGGUUCCCGAAGAAAGGUGAUAUCCAGGCAGUAGCUUAUACAUCAUGGGACGGCAACACAAUGGCCAUGUACGGCAUUAUGCUAUUCGCUUUCCGAAAACGCGGGAUUGAAAUCGCGAGCUCCCUACACGCGCAUCUACGUGGC